GAAAUGGAUAAGAAACCUUGUAACUCCGUUGAUGUAGAGGUAAGAAAGGGCCCAUGGACCAUGGAAGAAGAUAUGAUUCUCAUCAACUAUAUUUCUAACCACGGUGAAGGAGUUUGGAAUUCACUUGCUCGAUCCGCCGGUUUGAAGAGAACCGGAAAGAGUUGUAGGCUGAGAUGGUUGAACUAUCUUCGACCCGAUGUUAGGAGAGGAAAUAUUACUGCUGAAGAACAGAUCUUAAUCAUGGAACUGCACGCCAAGUGGGGAAACAGAUGGUCGAAAAUUGCGAAGCACUUACCAGGAAGAACCGAUAACGAAAUUAAAAAUCUAUGGAGGACCCGUAUUCAGAAACACAUUAAGCAAGCGGAAAAUUCAAACGCCCUAGUGCAAGGUUACGAGCAAAUGAAUAAUAUUAUUCACACAAAUUCCAGCUCUAGUACGAGUCAAAUGUCUGGCGGUGUUGUCGGUCACCACCCACAUCUCCUCCACACGAUAGGAUCGUAUUCACCACAAUCCUAUACCGGAAACAAUAUCGAUACUAACUUUCCGACAACAACUUUUCCCACUGGAUGGAAUGAUAACACUUGGAGCAUGGAGGAUCUUUGGAAUAUGCAGUUGUUGAAUGGCGAGUAGUAGUUCUACUACAAGUUCGCUUUUUA